AUGAGUGGUGAGCAGCAAACGCAGAGCAAUUCAGUUAAUUCGCCUCACAUGACCGAUGUUUCGGGCCAUCUAGCGAGCAAUGAUCUUAGCAUGGAUGCUGCCGUCGGGCCAGGAUCGGACGUGCUAUGCCGAAACACCAAAACCAGCAGCAAUGCCAAUUCUUUUCGAAUCGAGGCACUACUGGCAAGUAGAGAACAGGAGCAACCUACUUCUUGCAGUAACGGCGAAUUGUCACCUAAAAUGAAGGUGAUGAAUAACAACGGAGAUCUGAAUGGGGAUGGAAUAAAUGCGAAUGAGGAUCGUAACUCCAGGUCCGAAUCUACCUUUUCGUCAGACUCAUGUUCGUCCAUCAACCCCGGCAGCGUGGAGCAGCAGGACAUGGACGAUUGCGUGAUGAACCAAAUGACAAAAUCUUCCUCCCCCAGCCAGCAUGAUUAUCUGCCCUUCUAUAAUCUUUGCCCUUCACAAGUAAUCUUCACGUCGAACGCGACCACUUUCGACACCCAUCCGGCCGUUUGUAACAAGAGCAUACCGGUCGACCCCGGGAAUCGGUUCCACUUCAUGCAGCUACCUCAGCUAGAGCUUCUCAGGCACCACAACAUCUAUUAUCCCCGAAUCACGGAGCUUACAGGCCAAAACUCGGUAUACGGAAAGGCACGACGGCCGCGGACGGCGUUCACUUCGCAGCAGCUGUUGGAGCUGGAAAAGCAGUUUAAAGUUAGCAAAUAUUUAUCCAGACCGAAGCGGUACGAAGUGGCCAACAAUCUACUUCUCUCUGAAACGCAGGUUAAAAUUUGGUUUCAAAACCGACGAAUGAAGUGGAAACGGUCGAGGAAGAUUAACGAAUCCAAAAAAUACAAUACCAGCAACGCCAACAACGGAAAUGGCACGAACAGUAGCAGCAACAGCAGUACCACCAGUGGAAGUAGCAACGUGACUAACCAAAGCAAUGGAACCAGUGGCUCAAGCAACGUUAAUGCCAACGGUCAACAGAAUGGGUCGCCCGGAUCUUCGUCCGGUCCGCUGGUGCUGGGGAGCGUAAACAAAUCGAUCGAAUCCGAUAACCGUCCCCAAAGUCGGUCCGGAAGUCGAGAGCGACGUGGCAGCACACCGAGUAAAUUAUCCUGCGCCCUGGAUCAUCCGAAGGAUAAACGGGAGGGCAGUGGUUCCAAGCCACACCAAGCGACCGCUCUCUUUGUCAAUCAACAGCUUCAACCGGUUACCGGGGCCGGUGGCUUGCCCACUUCCGGAAGUGACAUCGUCGGCCCGGGAUUAUUCGCUUGCGAUGCAUCGAAUAGUUUAAGUUUUCGGCCUUACGUAACGUAG